AUAUAGUAUCUAUGUAUAUACAUAUGGCAGUGCACAUUUCCACGUGGUUUAAGUUAUUCGGAACUGAAUAUGAUUUUAUAAUAUAUUUAUUGUAAUAUAUUUUGUAAUAUAUAAAAAUGGAUAAUAAUUGUGAUUUAAUAAAAACAAUUGUUGAUGAUCAAGAAGUGCCAAAUUUUUCUGAAGAUUCUGAUACCGAAAAUGAUUUUCAGCCAAGAAAACGGAAAAAAAAGGAAAAUAAAGAUUUUGAUAAUAAUUUUCAAUUUUUAAGUGAUAUUUCUGAUUAUAAUAAGGAUACAUGGAAUGACUUGAACAAAUAUAUUAAACGGAAAGCUAAAACAAAACUUGAUGAUAAAAUUAAAAAAAUUAGGAAAGGAUCUGAACAUAAAUUAUAUAAUGAAAUAGAUAAUGAAUCCAAUAUAGAUAUAUCUGAAAUUAAAAAAAUAGAUGAUGAACUAUCUAUAUCAGAAGACGAACUUAAAAAAGAUACAUUUAAAAUUAAAGAAAAGAAAAAGAAAAAAAUUACUAAGAAAGCUAAUGAAGAAACAAUUGAUUUUGAGGAAUAUUCAAAUAUAGAAUCUCAUGCAACAUUUCAUCAAAUGAAUUUAUCACGUCCUUUAUUAAAGGCUAUAACAGCUAUGAAUUUUGUCCAUCCAACACCUAUACAAGCUGCUACUAUUCCUGUUGCAUUAAUGGGUCGUGAUAUAUGUGGUUGUGCAGCUACAGGUACUGGUAAAACUGCAGCUUAUAUGUUACCAACACUAGAACGAUUGUUAUAUAGACCAUUAGAUGGGCCUGCUAUCUCUCGUGUUCUUGUACUUGUUCCAACAAGAGAACUUGGUGUGCAAGUUUAUCAAGUUACAAAACAAUUAUCUCAAUUUACAACAAUUGAAGUAGGAUUAUCUGUUGGUGGUUUAGAUGUAAAAGCUCAAGAAGCUGUAUUGAGAAGAAGCCCAGAUAUUGUAAUUGCUACUCCUGGAAGGUUAAUUGAUCAUUUGAAAAAUACACCAACAUUUUCAUUAGAUAGUAUUGAAGUGCUUAUUUUAGAUGAAGCAGACAGGAUGUUAGAUGAAUAUUUUGCUGAACAGAUGAAAUAUAUAGUAAAACAAUGCUCAAGAAGUAGACAAACAAUUUUAUUCUCAGCUACUAUGACUGAAGAAGUUAAAGAUUUGGCUGCUGUAUCUUUAAAUAAGCCUGUUAAAGUAUUUAUAGAUAGUAAUCAAGAUGUUGCUUUUAAUUUACGCCAAGAAUUUAUUCGAAUACGAAAAGAAAGAGAAGGAGAUCGAGAAGCAAUCUUAGCAGCUUUAAUUUGUAGAACCUUUCAUGAUCAUGUCAUGGUUUUUGUACAAACAAAAAAGCAAGCUCACAGAUUACAUAUAUUAUUAGGGUUAUUAGGUAUUAAGGUUGGAGAACUUCAUGGUAAUCUUACACAACCACAACGUCUAGAAAAUUUAACAAAAUUUAAAAAUGAAGAAAUAGAUAUUUUAUUAGCAACAGAUGUUGCUGCAAGAGGAUUAGAUAUUAGUGGUGUAAAAACUGUAAUUAAUUUUGUAAUGCCAGCCACUAUACAACAUUAUAUUCAUAGAGUUGGAAGAACGGCUAGAGCUGGUCGUGUUGGAGUAUCAGUAUCAUUAGCUGGAGAACAAGAACGUUCUCUAGUUAAAGAAAUUAUUAAAAAUGCAAAAAAUCCUGUAAAGAAUCGAAUAAUACCUUCUGAUAUAAUUGACAAAUAUUACAAAAAAUUACAAUCUCUUGAACCCGAUGUAGAAAAAAUUUUAGAAGAAGAACGAAAUGAAAGAGAAUUAGCUAAGAUAGAAAAUCAGGCAAAUCGCGCAGAAAAAUUAUUAAAGAAUGAAAGUAAUAAAAGCAUUCAAAGAACUUGGUUUCAAACUCAAAAAGAAAGAAAAGAAGAAAAAGAAAGACUAUCAUUAACUGAAAAACAAUCAAAUAAAAAAGAGAAAAAAAAGCCUAACAAAGAACCUUCAAAUAUAGUUGAAGACAAAAAAAAAGCUAAGAAAGAACCUAAAAAAGAAACAGCAGAAGAUAGAGCUAAAAGAGAAUUAGAAAAAAUUGCAGCAUAUCAAGCAAGAUUAGCUAAGAAACAAAAUAAAUUAAAUAAAAUUCGUACAAUUGUAGAUGAUAAAUUUACAUCUAACAAAAAAGCAUUACAAAAACGGCCUAGAUCUUCAUUUGUUGCUGACUUAACAAAUACAAGUAAAAAAGCUGUAAAAAGAAUGCGUUACGAGGCUAAUGUUAAAAAGAAUCAAAAUAUAAGAAAAAAUGCAAAGAAUUCAAAUGUAGGAAAAAAGGAUAGAAAAACUUUUAGAAAACGUUAAACUAAAUAUUAAUAUUUGUAAUUACAUCUUAUUAAAUACAUACCAUUUUACUUAAUUUUUUUUUAUUAUAGAACCGUUACAAUGCGUCACUUAUGUCUCACAGAUUGACAAAUGAAUAGCACUGAUUAA